AGGCGGGACUCGGUGCACCUAAACAGACGGAGGGGUUGUGCAUUGUGCUCAGUGUGUCAGUGCUGCAUCCACAGAGGACGGAGUGGAGCCGGCCACGCUCGGUCACGUUAACCCUGAGCUGUAAACCUGCACACACACACGCACACACACACACACAGAGAAGGCUAAUCUGCGAUCAUCUCUGCAGCCUUUCCCGGACUGUGCUGCUCCUUUGUUGCCAUCGGUCUCCGGGCUGCAGGAGGAGAAACCGGGGAGGGACUCCCCUCCUUUAAAAGCCCGAACAGUCAGUGGCGGAAGAGACGUGAUAUGAACCCCUCAUCGGCUUAAACGCCAGUGCAGCUAAAUAGCCCCGUUUUCAGGAGGGGUGUGGGGGUUAACGGAGGAUCACAGAGGACAUCUUCACACCUUUAACCUGCAGCUUGAAGGCCGAGAAAAUUUCGACGGAACCUUGCAGCGAUGCCCGGGUUUGAUUACAAGUUUCUGGAAAAGCCGAAGAGACGCUUCCAGUGUCCGCUGUGCAGCAAGGCGAUGCGGGAGCCGGUCCAAGUGUCUACCUGUGGACAUCGGUUUUGUGACACCUGUCUGCAAGAAUUUCUGAGUGAGGGCGUGUUCAAGUGUCCAGAGGAUCAGCUGCCAUUGGACUAUGCCAAGAUCUACCCGGACCCGGAGCUUGAGCAGCAGAUCCUGGCCCUGCCCAUCCGCUGCAUCCACAGCGAGGAGGGCUGCCGCUGGACUGGCCAGAUGAAGCAGCUGCAGGGCCACUUCUCCACCUGCGCCUUCAAUGUGAUACCCUGCCCCAAUCGCUGCUCCGUCAAGCUGACGCGCCGCGACUUACCCGACCACCUGCAGCAUGACUGCCCCAAGCGCAAGGUCAAGUGUGAGUUCUGUGGCAGCGAGUUCACCGGUGAAGCCUACGAGAACCACCAGGGCGUGUGUCCUCAGGAGAGUGUUUACUGUGAGAACAAGUGCGGUGCGAGGAUGAUGCGUCGACUGCUGUCCCAACACAGCAUGGCCGAGUGUCCCAAACGUACACAGCCCUGCAAAUACUGCGGCAAGGAGUUUGUCUUUGACACAAUCCAGAACCACCAGUACCACUGCCCUCGGUUUCCUGUCCAGUGCCCAAACCAGUGUGGCACACCCAACAUCGCCCGAGAGGAUCUGGCUAACCAUGUGAAGGACAACUGCGGCAGCGCACUCGUUCUGUGCCCCUUCAAAGACGCCGGCUGCAAACACAGAUGCCCCAAACUGGCCAUUGGUCGUCACCUGGAAGACACCACUAAGUCUCACCUGACUAUGAUGUGUAACCUGGUGGGGCGUCAGCGACAGGAGAUCCUGGAGCUGCGGAGGGAGAUGGAGGAGCUGUCUGUCAGUCACGACGGUGUUCUCAUCUGGAAGCUCAACGACUACUCCCGUAAACUCCAGGAGGCUAAACUCCGAAGCAACCAUGAGUUCUUCAGCCCGCCUUUCUACACUCACCGCUAUGGCUACAAGCUGCAGGUGUCGGCCUUCCUCAAUGGCAACGGCAGCGGCGAGGGCUCCCACCUCUCCGUUUACAUCCGCGUGCUGCCCGGAGAGUACGACAGCCUGCUGGAGUGGCCCUUCUCCUACAAGGUGACUUUCUCCAUCCUGGAUCAGAGCGACCCGUCACUGUCCAAACCCCAGCACAUCACUGAGACCUUCAACCCUGAUCCCAACUGGAAGAACUUCCAGAAGCCCUGCAGCAGCCGCAACUCGCUGGACGAGAGCACCUUGGGCUUCGGCUACCCCAAGUUCAUCUCACACGAGGAGAUCAAGAAGAGAAACUACAUCCGAGACAACUGCAUCUUCAUCAAGGCUUCUAUAGAGAUCCCCCAGAAGAUAAUGGCUUAAAAUCCAGCUGUUUUUUUCUUUUUAUGAAGGAGAAAGAUAGGUUAAAGACUGGAACUGACUCUUAACCUUGAAAACUUCGACACACUUACCCUUUAGAUACUUUCUGCCCUGAAAGCCUCUCCACCACAGAGCUUGAUACGAGUCUGUUUGGCUGUGUGGGCUGACUCGGAGGACCUAGAUGUUUCACAGAGGUGAGAGGUAAAGUGUUUGGUCUGCAGAACCGUCACUUUCUGGUCUUUCUUUUAAUUUUUUUUUUAUUAAAAAUCUGUUUGCUGACCUUUAUAUCACAGUCUACAACAUAAAGCCUUGGAAAUCAAACAGUGCCUAGAGAGUUUAUCUUAAGUUAUAUUUUUGUUGUUAUUUCCACAGUGCAGAUGUUAAAGAUUAUGGAAAAGAUAUAAGGAUAGAGGUGAAGGGCUUCACUAAGCCUCUGCACUUAGAGAGAAAGUUAGAAGCUGGUUAGAGAUGUCCCGUCGGGGUGACUUAAAGAAGAGGGAGCUCACCAGACUCAAGCUCAAGCCCAACUGCCUUUUGUUUACACGCUCAUACAGUAUACUCCCAUUGAUCCCUUAACAAACACAGAGCCCUUGGCAGGAGAGAACUCCUGAGGUUUGUCUACACACGAGCAUCAAAUCGAAAUGGGAAGUGGGAAAUUUGCAGCUUCAAUCUUGAUUGAAUUGGUGAUUGGUGAUUUUCGGAAUUUGAAGGACUGCUUUGACAUUUUGAUUUAAAGUGGACUGAGAAGGUCAAUACGACUGUCCAUUUGGUUCUCUCUGUCCUUCAGCCUGGAAGAAACACUAGGAAAGAGGGAGACAGUGAGUCUCUGUUGGAUCGUAAUUAAAAUAAAUCCCACUAAUUAAAACAUUUUAUCUUAUUUUUUAAUCUGUACAAAAGCUGAAGCAUAAAAAUGAUAAAUUUACUGUUUAUAUGUUAUAUGGGUUGUAUGACUGCAACUUUAUAUUGAGCAGAAAGAUAUGAGAGUGGUAUGAUUCUUCUCAUUUGGCUCCUAGCAAAAUGUCAAACUGUUCUUUUAAAACCACAUUAAAAAAACACUGUCACAACUGUCUCUUCUAGUGAACUGCUCCCAUCGCGGGACCUGUGUGUGACUUGUGUUUGUCAGUAGUUUGACUCAGUCGUAAAAAGCUUCAGGAGUGUGCAGAUGUACCAAACACAGACUUUAUAGGGACGCUGUGAGGCUUCGUGUCUAAUGUGGAGUCCACCAAUAGGAAGAAAAAGCACCUUUCACCAGACUUUGGAUGAGCAGAUCAAAAAGAGGCCAGUUGUCGGAUUACACAUGCAUUUAGUAGUGAAGGAAAAGCCAUGUGGCCUUUUUAUACAGUAUGUCUUCGCAUGAGGGUUUUAGGGGUGAGCAGGGCAACAUAAACACAUGCAUGCUUCAUGUGCUACCACCUGGACCACAUUUUUGUACUGUAACCUGUAUUCUUGAAAUCCUCUCCUGUUGAUGGCUACUUUGUUUCUUUUUUUUUGGACCAUUUAAAAGCUGACACGUUGUCAAAAGGAAUAGUUUUUUUUUUAAGUUUGUUUUGAUUUAUACACAGAAAAUGUGAACUCUGUUGGUAAUAUAACCUAUAAAGACAAUGAACACUUGGCUGUGAAGUGUGUUGUUUUACAUAGUCUGGGCAUGGACGGCAUCCUGUUUGUAAAGAUGGUAAACGACAAGGUGGAUGUCUCUGGACUGACUCCACCUUUGUUGUCACUGGUGUUUGUCUUCAGCUUCACACGGUGUGAUGGCAACCAACGUUUGGAAGGACUCUGCCCUGUGCGAUAACGCCUGUCUCCAUCACAGCACCAUCAGACGGGUGGAGGACGUUGAUGAUUCACUACACUCAUGAUGCUUGUGAAUACUGAUGUAAAAAACGCAGAAGCACAUUCUGUCUUUUAUUAUUCUACAUGGAAAAAAAAAAAAAAAAUCAUGAUUUCUUGUCAUAAUACCAGCUGAUAUUUUACAGUGAUUUAAAGAAGUGAGAAGAUACAACUUUUUUGUAAGAUUCUGUAUUUUUAAAAAUACUUAGCUGUUUUAUACGAAACACUUUUCGUUGGAGAGUCGGGGUUGACUUUGGGAAUUUUCAGACCCUUUCGUCUCUUGGACAUUUGGAUAAUUUGUUUGUACUUGUGGUUUGAGCCUCAUAUAUUCUGUCUGUAUUAUUUCCUCUUAAAAGUAUUUAUUUUAGAAAGCCAUCAUGUGAGUUUGCACAGAUGGCACAAAUGUUUUAAUAUGUUGAUUGAUGAGUGCUUGUCAAUUUCUUAAUUGAAAUAAAAUACCAUAUAUUAUA